UUGUUCUAUCUUGAGUAUAGAUUACUUGAAACGAGAACUCGAGAACGAGAAAACGAGAGUGCGUGGGUGAAAUGAAAAAAUAAACCGCUGUUAUUUAAGCCGCAUGCUUCGUUGAUGCAGAAAACGAUAUUUCGUAAAACGCAAAACCAUUUUAAAACCUAAAACGUUGGUAGUUUUUGUAGAUUGUUAGAUAGUUCAAUGAGGUGAAAAUGUGUGUAUAAACAUAGCGGAAAGCUGCACAUAUAUCAUUUCGACAACUCCUAGGCGUUGUGAACAUCGGAUACAGCUUUUUCUUCAGUGCCUUAAACAUGCGUGCAUCUGUUACUUUUCUUAUGUUAAGUUUCAUUUGGAAUUCGAAACUAAGCUUUGGAAGCGGUGUUCUCUCGGGUUUUGCAAACGAUGCCUCCAAUGCGAGUCCGUUCAGCGAGGAAGACCAAGAUUAUGCUCGCAAUCGAAGAGAGACAACCAAAACACUAGUAAUCGAGACAGUUCUUAUUCUGGAUGAGCUAUAUAUUGCCAAGAUGGCCGAGGCCGGGUACACCUCAGACGAACAACUAACCGAAUUAAUGAAAUUAAAAUGGUCAGGAGUCCAGGCAGAAUGGGGGAAGGCAGAUCGGCUCGGAUAUAACGUAGUUAUAGAGAUCAAGAACAUCGUCUUCUGGAGAACUAACCCGACUUGGUACGUGCCCAGUAGGAUAUUAGGAGACACACUCACAAGUGUAUGCAGUGGCGCAUAUACUCAUAACCUCUAUAUGGAGUACGACCAUAUACAUUUGUACACAGGCAUAACAGGCGCAGAUGUGGCAGGGAAGGCGUACAUAGGCAAAAUUUGCAGCGAUAACUAUAAGUGUGCGGUCUCCACCGACACCGGCAUAACAGAAUACGUCAUUUCCACCCACGAACUUGGCCAUUGCUUGGGUUUCAAUCACGACCAUCAAAUGGGAUGUGCGUCUCCUAACGACGGCAUCAUGGGUAGCAAGACUUCCGGUUGGAGCACAUGCAGCGCAAACAGCUUGAAUAUACUUCUAAACAAUACUGCUCAGGCUGGCUGUCUUACUACAACUGAUGUAUCAUCCCCAUUGAAAAUGGAACUGCCAAGGAUAUGGCCAGGUAUGAUAUACUCAAACGACGAGAUAUGCGAGUUCAAGAACGGAGCUGGGUACAGAUACAGGGAAUUUCCACUGGAAACUCUAGGUUCGUGUUACUUUCACUCGUGCAUCAAUAUGAAUACCUCUUCACCCCACUACGGAAUCAUGUUUAACUACCUAACCCCAACAGAUGGAAGUUAUUGUGGCGAUGAAAUGGUAUGCUCUACACAACUUGUUAAUGGAGUCCCUCAGUGCAUUGCUUGGAGCAACACCGGCCUUGACCUUUCCUUAUUCGAAGUGGUUCUUGGCGGAUGGUCUGACUGGGGGCCCACCACGUCAUGCAGUCGCACGUGUGGAACUGGAAUUAGUUAUAGAGCACGUAGCUGCAACAAUCCGAAACCACAGAACAGUGCAUGGUGUGAGGGAGAGGAAUAUGACCCGGUUUUGUGUAACAUACAACCGUGCAAUAACGACCCUGUGAAAGUGGAUGAUCUGAAGAUUGCGCGAGCAUCAGAGACCUGUGCUCAAAUAAAGGACAGCGGCGCAUAUGCGAAACUUGGUUUGAAUUCGUCGCACUUUCUGCACAACGGGACUGUAUUUAAUGACUACAAACAAGGUCAAUGCGAGGUCAAGUGCAACAGCGUUAACUCUGUAUACUACUACCAGAGAUUUGGUCUAAUGCCAGACGGGUCACCGUGUGAACCGACUGGUGCCGAUUCGUUCAUAGAGACGCAUAAGCUUCCCCGGAUGUCUGGACGUUACGGUCGGUGUGUCCAGGGAUAUUGUCACAUGUUUGGCUGCGAUGAUAUGGCAGGGUCAAAGUCGAUAGACGGAUGUGGAGUUUGUGGAGGGAAUAACUCCACGUGCCAAGUUAGGACGGAGCUGUUUGGAAUGCUCGUCAACACAAGUAACACAAAAGUGGAAAUAAUCAAGUUGCCAGCUGGUUCCUUCAACAUCGUUUUCUAUUUCAACUAUGGAUCUAUGAUCUACAACUACAUAGAGUUGUUUACCCUUGAAGACAGACCUGUAAUGACGCUAAGCUAUAGCCGCUUGACAAACCCAUACAACUAUGCAGGAGGCUACUGGUAUGGCAUCUGGAACGCACAGUACAUUUACACGGAGGGCCCUAUCUUAAGACCAGUGGUCAUUAAGUACUACCAGAGAGGUUCUUAUCCGAACGUUGGAGUUCAUUAUGCCUACUCCUUACCGCCGAACACAACAAUGGAUACCUGCAGCGGAUCAUGCGGACCUCAGGGGACAUGGAACAAAUCGUUAUGUGGAUGUCAGUGUAAAGUCGGAUACUUUGGUGCAACGUGCAAUACCACCUGCAAUAAGCUUUGCAAUAAUGGAAUGAGUCUGAAAUCGACUGUGUGCAGCUGUAACUGUCAUGGAAACACGUACGGGACUACGUGCGAGUGCAGGUACCCGUUUCAAGGCAAGGACUGUCGGGACUGCAAGGUCAGCACGUGCCUGAAUGGAGGCACAUAUAACUUGACGGCGUGUCGGUGUUUAUGUCCCCAGGGUUAUGGAGGCUUGGACUGCAGCACCAAAUGCGCAGACAGAGUAGACACAACAACGUGUGUGACUAACGUUGCAAAGGGCUGGUGUGAGUCGAAGAACGAACUUAUGGAACACGAUUGCUACAUGUCCUGUGGACUUUGUGCGCCUACUCCAACUCUAAGAAAGCUGACACAGGUCAUUGGGCGCGGCCUACAUCGUCAGGCACGGCAGCGCAGGGGCAACUAGGAAUCCAUGCCAGUCGAUUAUAGAGUGAAAUUUUGUAUUUUCGUUACUUACUGUAUGCGUUGUUCAUUUGGACCUGUUCUUCAAAUCCCUUGCAAGUGUAAACUCAAAAUAAUUUUGUAUACAGCAAAACCGCUGUUAUGUGCAUUCAUUUGCACUUGUUGUUAAGAUCGUGAUCUUGCAAACCCAGCAUGAACAUAGCACAUUAAAGUCAAUAUGUGUAACGAAGAAAUGUAUUCUUGUAAAAGAGAGGCUCUUCAUGCAAAUGUCUGUGAAAUAGUAUGCUGUAAAUGUAUAUCUCUUUUUAUGUCUACCUCUAAUUAUUCAGAUUGUUAUUUAGUCACACUGCUGCUAAUGAUAAAAUGCUUGCAUAUGGCUGCUCCUCAAUCGACAAGACAAAUCAAGAUUUGGUUCUCAAUACACUGUCUAAAGUGUUUUAAUAAAAUUAGGCAUAAUGUCUGGAACAGGGUUUAGUUUUGACAAUUAUGGUGAAGAUCUACGCGUAUUAAAGAUGGAAGAUAAAAUAUAAAUUAUGUUGUCAGUCAAGUAGUUAAGUAAUCUGAAAAAUGAACGUUUUUCCUUGAUACUUCGAUAUCUUUAAGAACUCGGUGUUGUUUAUCAUCAUUGCUAGUUAUUCGAUUGUAUUUCGAUAUGCGUUGUUAGAUUUGACUGAAAUAAUGUUGACCGCUUCAUACGGUAAAGUUUACGUAAUUCAAAUUUAGUUUGUCUUUAUAAUUAAGCAUUAAUGAGUUGGUGUUAAAAAAUAUAAUGAUUUCCUUUAAUAAUACUAAAUGAAAAUUCGCGAUUGAAAUGGAUGUUGCAAUAAUACGCAAAUUACAAUCGCGGAGUUUUAUGUUGUAAUACUUAUUUAUACAUUGUUCAUUUAUACAUAUUAAAGUACAUACAGCCAUUGUACUGUCUAAUUGUCACAUGUAAAUAUCAACAAUUUGGUUUAGGUAUUAAUAUCUCAUGAUAAAUUAUUUAAAAUCAAAACUUUUAGCAGUGAAAAUAUUGAAAUCGUUUUAGUUUUCCAUUCCGUAAAAUGAAUUGAUUUGUAAUGUAAACAUUCAAUUCAUGUACAUACACAAACAUAAAACCGAAUGAACGAGGAGUGAACGGCAUAAAGUAGUUCCUAUGCACAUGUCUUAGCUGUUGUAUGAAAGCUAGUCGGUGUAUUAUCCUACAUAUUAUUCAACGGGUCGUUAUUAAUUCUAUAACAUCAUUUAGCUUUAGCUGUAGGCUACAUGUAUAUGUAAGAUCGGAUAUAGUAAAGCCGAAUAAAACAGUAGUUGCAGAUUAUAGAAGCCUUCAAUACGUUAUGAGUGAACACCAAACAUGUUUUUUGCGCAUAAGGAAACAUUGAAUUGACCAUUGUUUUAUAGCACUCAACUGAUAUCGAAUAAUGUGUGCAUUGUUAAUGUGUUUCCUACGUCAAAUGAUGCUUUUAGCAGCUAUCAAGUAAACGUGCCAUAACUGAUGUGAAAAGAUUUCAAACAAAACGUUUUUGUAAAUGUUAACUACGAACUAGCACAGUUUUAGGAAUAUUAUUUGAUAUUUCAUGUUUACUUAAAGAAAAUGAUAGACAUAAACUGUUCCAGUAAACUUGAAAAGCUUCACAAUAUUAUAAAUUUUUGGAAAAGGAGAACUUUAACACUCCUACGAAAGAUAACUGUUGUUAAAACAUUCUUACUUCCCUUUUGUUCACAACUGUUUACAGCCAUUCCUAGCCCGGGAGAAAAAGUAUUAAAACAGAAAGAUAGCCUGUUUUCAAAUUGAGUAUGGGAUGGACAAUCAAAACUUAAACAUUCUAUUGCUGUUAAAUCAUAUGAUGAUGGACAAGUGGCCAUGACUGAAAUAUAUGCUUUUGAAAAAAUGCAAUGAUAAAGACAUGGUUAAGGAAAAUUGUAUCAAGCAAUGGAAAAUGUUUCCAACUGAUGUAUUUUAUGUUUGAUGUGAAGAAAAUUUUCUAUUUAGGAAAAUAUUACAUAGAACAAAUUAUGAUAGGUUUAACAAAUUGUUUUUGGAGAGAUGUCCUUACUUUCUAUAUUGAGUAUAUUUAUCAACCAAAUAUCAAUAAGUGUGAAGAUAUCCUUGAUAUGGCUUUAUUUUACGACAUAAAUUUUUAGAUAGGUAUGAAUAGUAUAUAUUAUAAAAUAUGAAUUAUAGGGGAAUAAGAUUUGUAAGUGAUAUAGCAUGCACUUCUGUAGUGUUUUUAAAACAAUCUGUAUAAGAAAAUGUGAUUGGUGCUAAAAUUAACUUCUUAUUUUAUGAAGGCUUAUCAGAUUAUCAGGAUUUCUAGUUAUAAAAAAGGCCUAUAUACAAUGUGCGUUUUUAUCAUUUUACUUAAAUAACAUAUUAUUGGGUUAUAAUAAAAAUAAACUUGUUUAUAAAUGUUUUAGCUAUUAUACAGAUGUACCCACUUAUCAUUUAAAAUGUAGUACACUUUUUAAUAACAUUGAAUGGACAAAAGUGCAUACACGUACUUUUACUAUAUCUAGAGACACAUACACUCAGUGAUUCCAGGCAAGAAUUAUUCACAGAAUCUUAGGAACCAAAUCUUUGCUAUAUCAAAUGAACAUCGUUAAUGACAAGUAAUGUUGCUUUUGUAAGGUAAGUGAAUAAACCACAUUACACAUAUUUUGGGACUGCAUUUUUACAAAUAGAAUUGUAAAUCAUGUAGUACAAUUUUUAGGAUCACAUAAUGUGCAAAACUAUACAGAGAUUUCCUGUUAAACUAUGCUUUUUGGGAGAACAAGCAUUCAUGCGGCUGAUAUAAAUAUCCUUAUCAUGGAAAUAACAAAGUACAUAUUAGAAUGCUAGAGAAAGAAUUUACUACCUUCAAUAAAAGGGCUGAACAAUUAUCUUUGCUUAGCAUGGGAAAAUCAAGCGAAAACAAAAUACCAAGAAAAGGAACUGCUAAACUGGGCAGUUGUAAAGCUAUUUGAAGAUCAAUAGAAGAGUCUUAGAGUAAAUUUUAUUGUUUUGCUUAAAAUAUUUAAUACCAUUGUUGUCUGUUUAAAUUAUAUAUUUUCUGUCCAAACUUUUUUCUAUCAUAACAUGGCAUUUUUUGUAUUUUUCUGUGUGUGCGUGUGUGUGUGCAUGUUUGUAUAUAUAUACUGUUAUGCAUGGAUUGUAUUUACCUCUAUUAUACCAAUACCUGUUUUAUAUCAAGCAAGUUGAAUUGUUAAAAGAACUGUAUUAUAUACUAACAACUUAACAUGUAAAUUAACAAUCAGUUUUGUAAUGAA